CUUGAAAGAGACGUAAAUCACAUGAUAAAUUUAACUUUCAUCGUUCACGUUCGCCAAAACAUGCUUGCACAGCAGGAUGUCUUUUGAAGACGAAGAGUUUGUUGGAGGGUAUAGCGCCCUCGUUGGGUCCUUCCCCAAAGACUUCGGCUACGGACCGGACGACCACAAUGCUGAGGUGGGGGCUGCAUCUGCCGACACCAAGCCACGGAUCCUGCUGAUGGGACUCCGGAGGAGUGGAAAGUCGUCAAUCCAGAAGGUGGUAUUUCACAAGAUGUCGCCGAACGAAACCCUCUUCUUGGAGAGCACAAACAAACUAGUCAAGGAUGACAUCAACAAUAGUUCCUUUGUUCAAUUCCAAAUUUGGGACUUCCCCGGCCAGAUUGACUUCUUCGAUCCGACGUUCGACUCGGAGACGAUAUUUGGCGGAUGCGGAGCUCUUGUAUUCGUCAUCGAUGCACAGGAUGACUACAUGGACGCGUUGGCCAAACUGCACAUGACGGUGUCCAGAGCCUACAAAGUCAACCCCAACAUCAAAUUUGAGGUUUUCAUCCACAAAGUGGACGGCCUUUCGGACGACCACAAGAUCGAAACACAGCGGGACAUCCAUCAGCGGGCCAACGACGACCUGAGCGACGCCGGCCUAGACUGCAUUCACCUCAGUUUCUACCUGACGAGUAUCUACGAUCACUCCAUCUUUGAGGCCUUCAGUAAGGUUGUACAGAAACUCAUCCCGCAGCUACCGACGCUGGAAAACCUUCUCAACAUACUCAUAUCGAAUUCUGGAAUCGAGAAAGCAUUUCUCUUCGACGUGGUCAGCAAGAUCUACAUCGCGACCGACAGCUCCCCCGUGGACAUGCAAUCGUACGAGCUGUGCUGCGACAUGAUCGACGUGGUCAUCGACGUGUCUUGUAUAUAUGGUUUACAGGAUGACGGUGAAGUCGCAUACGACACGGACUCCAGCUCCAUCAUUCGGCUGAACAACGCAACGAUCCUGUACCUCAAGGAAGUGAACCGGUACCUCGCCCUGGUCUGCAUCCUGAGGGAGGACAACUUUGACAGACAAGGGCUGAUUGACUACAAUUUCCUCUGCUUCAAGAGAGCCAUCGAAGAGAUUUUCGAGGUCCGGCAAAAGGGCCAGGGUUCCUCUGGCCCGACCGGGGCCGCGGGGAUGAAGUCGUUACGGUCGCUAAGCAACGAUUCCACAGACAGUCCGCAGUUGAACGGACUAGUCGCGGCCAAAUCGUGAGGCAGUUUCUAAAUAGCAAAUAUAUUUUAUGGAGUGACUUUCGAAUGGACUUUGAAGAAUACCUCGUAGAGUUUUUCAGCAAGUGCGCAAAAGUUAAGUUACGUCAAAGUUGUGAGACGUCUUUUCUUACAAUUCUGGAGGCCCUGGUUCGAUUCCCACUCUGGUGAAUAUGUACGUCGGAAGUAAAAUUUUGUCAAAGUUGACGUUGCUUUCACUAAGCAUCGGCUA